AUGGUCGCUCUUCAAUUGGCACUUCUCCCGUUGCUUCGCAUUAUCUUAUUGCAUCUUGAUAUUAUCACCCGGAGCAAGCCGAAUAUAGUGAGCUCGGGUUCUGCCGCGGGCUCCUCCAUCGACCCAUCUGUGAUUGAGAACAUCGUACUGGACGUAGCACGCCAUAUGAUCUACCAAAGCGUGGAGACAGUGCUCGUGUGGACUGCAAGCCUCGACCCGGGCACCAUCUGGGUCUACUACGAUUCAAGUGCAUCAUUUCAAUGUGUUUCUGACUAUUGGGCAUACUUCCUUCCUGUACAUGAAGCUGGAUCGAAGAACUGUACUGGAGACAUAUCUCUUGUUAUCGACCACAUGGAUAAUACCGUCACCACUGGCUCUCGGGACAAGCAACACACACUCAAGGCUAAAUUCAGCACGCAAGAGGUCGCUCAUAACGACAACUUUAUGAACGCCCUGACACGUCGUCACUAUCUCUGGCUAGGUAAUCAGUUCACCUAUAAGACGGGCUUCUUUACCUUCUGUAACUACAUCGAGAAGGCCGCGAACGCCACCGCCACCGACCUCCCGUCCGAAGCUGGUGUCGGCGUCGAAGAAGCGCUCGAAGGAUACGCGAAAUGCUCUCCACUCUUUACCGAUACGACGCCGAGCAACGCCAUGAAUCGGCAAUGGUUCUGGAUGGGCUGCAACGAUCCGUUCGGGAACUGGAAAAUUGGUGCUCCCUCAGGGCAACCAUCACUCAUUUCCCACCUCAUAACAACCGACUACUGGGUUCGUCAUUGCCGGAUGUAUUUCCCCCCUGGACCGAAUGGAGAAACAUACGGCCUCGCAGCAGGAAAGACAGAAGAGUAG